ACACACAUACUAGAAAAAACACAGACCGAUGUGUAUUUGGACUUUAUCGGAGAAAACCCCUCUAUUAAAAUAGCUCAAAGAAUGUCCGAAAGGUGCAAACUCUACUUUGUGCGACCCGUCCGACCUAAGGAUAGACAAACAUGUUGCUGCAAGUAACAUGUAGCAUUUAAAACUGUCUUUAAAUCGUGUAUGGAAUUCCGAAAGAAACUUUUGAUAGAAAAUGAACCGAAUGAAUGCUAUUCUACUCCUGUGUACGAUUCAAUAUCUGAUGUCGUUAAUGCAACAUUAUGCGAAAAAGUUGAUGGUUCACACAAUUUACAGUGCCUUAAAAGAAACUGUUCCGAUUGUGGAGUUAAAAUCCUGAAUUUUCUGCCUUGUGAACUUGAUGUAUCUGACACUGCGGAAUUUGUAAAGUGGGAAAAGUUUGAAAAUGUAAGCGUUAAUGUUAAAGGGAACAAAACCAUAAAGAAACUAAUGCUCGUGAAAAAAGAAAGUCAAGUUGGUGAAUUGUUUUCAUAUUUCAGAAAACUAAUUGAAACUUUUCCAGUGCAUCAGCACAGAGCUACAUGGCAAAAUGAACAAUUUCAAAAUCUUGUUAGAAAUCUCACAGAAAAGCAAUGUGUUUGUGUGCAAGACUUUAGUGAAAAUUACAGGUGUUCCGAGCUUACUGCGAUUCAAAGUGCUUACACUCAAAAAACCGAAGUGUCGGUCCAUGUUACUAUUCUACAUAGACAUGCAUUGCUAGAAUACGAUGGUGUUGAUAGUUCAGAAGACUUUCCAGAAAUUAUGACGGAACAAUUUUUCGUUAUAAGCCCAGACUUAGUUCAUGAUCAAUACUUUGUUCACCAAGUCCGAAAUUAUAUAGCGGAAUAUUUACAGUCGAUUUCAUAUUCAGUAGAAACAAUGCACGAGUUUACUGACGGGUGUGCAGCCCAGUAUAAGAGCAGACACUGUUUCGGAGAUAUUAGUCAAACAAGCGACGACUUUGGAUAUCAACAUUUCACAAGAAAUUUCUUCGAAACUUCCGAUGCAAAAGGUAUUUAUAAUAAUUUAGUUUAUUAUCCUCGAACUUACUACUAUGAUUGCCUUUAAAUACAGUUGAAUGUCAGUCCGUCUGUCAGUCUCUACGCUAGAUAUCUUGGACACAGAUUUAAUGAUUUUUCUCACAUUUUCGAGUACAAUGGAAUACAUAUUAUUUAGCUUUUGAUUGAAUAUUUAUGAGUUAUUUGUGUAAAAUGUAAAUAUUUUAAAAGCGGUCGGGUAUUCACAUUAUCGGUAAACUGUUUUCUUUCAAUCCGUCACAUUAUGGGUUAAUGUUUGAAAA